AUGAGCUACGAACCGGAACACAUCGACCGCAAGUCGCUCUACACAAACCUAGAAGCCCGAAUCGAUUACCUCCAUCGCUUCCUCGACUUCAGUGAGAACGACAUUGAGGCUCUGGCCUUCGGGUCGAAAUUCGUGCAGGACAUCAUCCCCGCUGUCGUCCACAUUGUGUACCAGAAGCUCCUCCAGUUUGACAUUACUGCCCGUGCAUUCGAGACUCGCGACACACGAUCGGAAGAGCCCUUGAAAAACGGCAUCGAUGUGGACAGUGCUGUGGUACAGGAGCGCAAGAUGUUCCUCAACGCCUACCUCAAGAAGAUGUGCUCCGACCAGUCCCAGAUGGAAUUCUGGGAAUACCUGGAUCAGGUUGGUGCCAUGCAUGUUGGCCUCCACAAGCAACGACCCCUCCGAAUCGAGUACAUUCACAUCAGCGCGACCCUGUGUGUGAUACAGCAUGUUCUCACAGAAGCCAUUCUGUCACACAACGCCCUGCCCAUGUCCCGGCGCACCGCCAUGGUCGUUGCCAUCAGCAAGGUCAUCUGGAUCCAGAACGAUCUCUUCGCCAAGUGGUGCGUCCGCGACGGCGAGGAGUUCAACGCCGAGGGCGAGACCACGCAGCCCGCCCCGUCCAUGUCGCAUAUUUCGCCUCCCAAGGGCACGACGGCCGACGGGCAGAAGGCGGGCACAUGCCCGUUCAGUGGCAUGACGCAGGCGAUGCAAGGGCUCAGCACAGGGCCUCCUGCGCAUUGA